CUUUCCCUCUCUUUUUGCAUUUAUAUAAUUUUAUUUACAUAUAUAACAUACAUAUUUUUCUCGUGUAUAACUUCACAGACUUUAGGCCCACAGAUCCAAAUUCUGUAAAUUUCCUUCCUUUAUUUCAGGGGCCAUUUUUGGUGCUCAAACUCUGAUCCACCAAACUCAAUUUUCCUUCUCUUUUUUAUUUUUUAUAUUUAUUUUCUAUUUCUCUUUCUAUAUAUGAUUGACUGGUUGCUCCUUGUGUUAGCAAUAGGGAUCUGGGUCAUAUAGCGUCUGGAAUUUUGUCAACUGGAUGUUUUGAGGGCACAUACUGAAAUGUUGCAGCUGCUUAAAUCGGAUAAUCUUGAUUGAUUGUAAAUACAGAUUUGUAGUAAGAGCAGGGAUGGUAGAAUGCAGUGUCUGCCACUCACAUUUGUUGUCCCCAACUUCAAAAGCUGUGGUCAACGCAUAUGACUGGCGUAGAAAUGGUGUUUCUUCUAAAUCCCGAGUCCUUAACAUCCUUUUGGUAGUUGGUGACUGUUUCUUGGUUGGUUUACAGCCUAUUUUGGUUUAUAUGUGUAAAGUGGAUGGAAAAUUCAACUUUAGUCCUAUCAGUGUCAACUUUUUAACUGAAGCAACCAAAGUUGUUUUUGCUGUUGUAAUGCUACUGUUACAGGCUCGACAUAAGAAAGUUGGGGAGAAGUCACUUCUCUCAGUUUCUACAUUUGUACAGGCCGCUAAAAGCAAUGUACUCCUUGCUGUCCCAGCUUUCCUUUAUGCUGUUAAUAAUUAUUUAAAGUUCACCAUGCAGCUUUAUUUUAGUCCUGCAACUGUGAAGAUGCUGAGCAACCUGAAGGUUUUGGUCAUUGCUGUCUUAUUAAAAAUAAUCAUGAGGCGACGGUUUUCCAUUAUCCAGUGGGAGGCUCUUGCUCUUUUGCUCAUUGGAGUUAGUGUGAAUCAGCUGCAAUCUCUACCUCAGGGUACUACUGCUUUGGAUCUUCCACUUGCAGCAAUUGCAUACUUGUAUACUCUCAUAUUUAUUACUGUUCCAUCACUGGCAUCAGUCUUUAAUGAGUAUGCCUUGAAGAGUCAAUUUGAGACAAGCAUUUACCUUCAGAACUUAUUUUUAUAUGGUUACGGUGCCAUCUUCAACUUAUUAGCAAUUUUCGGAAUGGCUAUUUUCAAAGGUCCCAGUGGAUUGGACAUACUGCAAGGACAUUCAAAGGCUACCCUUCUUUUAGUUUGCAACAAUGCAGCCCAAGGGAUUCUAUCAUCAUUCUUUUUCAAAUAUGCAGAUACUAUUUUAAAAAAAUAUUCAUCAACCGUUGCCACAAUCUUUACGGGAAUAGGAUCUGCUUUGUUGUUUGGUCAUACACUAACAAUGAACUUUAUCAUAGGAAUCUCCAUUGUGUUUAUAUCCAUGCAUCAGUUCUUUUCACCUCUCUCAAAGAUUAAAGAUGAGCCACAGGAUGGCAGGUUGGAAAUGAUUGACAGUCUGAACAAUCAGAGGUCCAAGGAUGCAUCCUUUGUGAAUAUGGCAGCUGGGGCAAAUGAUGAUGCUAAUCACCAUGUUGGAUAUGAUGAGAAGGCACCACUUCUUCCGGUCUAAGGUUAGUUGGUAUAGUAGCGAACACAUUUCUUUUGUUGGACUCAUUAGAUAGUUUUCAAUAGAACUCCAUACUCAAGAGAAUGAAGCCAUGCAGACGAAUCUCCUUGCUUUCUUGAAGCAUUUUUCUUCACCUUCAGUAGUCAGCCAUCCAUCACCUACCUUGGCAUGGCAUCCAAUACCCAUGUUGAAAGUAUCUAGCAACUUCAGUUUCCGCGAUAGAAGAAGCUCAUAGUUUUCAUACCGAAUUUUUUUCACUCAUCUUUCAACUAGUAUAGGUAUAUGGUCUUUCUCCAGUCCAUUUUCACAGAUGUUUUUCUGUUAUGCUCUUUUUGUAGUUUGGGUACAACAACUGCCCUGGAGCAUAUCUUUAUAUCAGGAAAACAACUCCUAUACGAGUUUUUCUCUUAAGAUCUUAGUAUUUUAAUGAGAUGUAAAAUUUAAAAAAUAAUAAUUCCAAUAUCAUCUUCUCGGUUAGAAAUUUGUUUAUUUCUCGCAUUUUCAUUCUCCUAUUAUUCUUUUCUUGGUCUUUUUCCUAUUUGAAGGUUCAGAAUAUAUGAGAGACAUUGAUCAAAAGGUGUAAUGUUUGAUUUGAUAAACUUGUUGAAUAACCAUACAAGUUUUUAUUGUUUUUCCUUGAAUAUAAGUUCCAAUAUUUCUCUUUC